AUGCGCUCACCUUUCUUUCCCGUACUAUAUUGCGUCGGCUUCGGUUACGCCGCGGCUAAUACAUCUGCUGACAACGAUAAACGUGACUGGAACACCUCUGUUUCGAAGGCCAACGCGAUUCUAGCAGAACUAACUCUCGAAGAGAAGACAGCAGUCGUCACGGACGCGAACCCGCUGACUGGCCUUGGAUGCAUCGGUAGCAUUGGUGCAAUCCCUCGGCUCAACUUCUCUAGCAUCUGUUACUCUGAUGGUUCGUCUGGUGUGAAUCGCGCCGAUCUUACCAGUGUGUUUCCAGCUGGCUUGACGGCUGCUGCAACUUGGGAUGCGGACUUGAUGUAUCGUCGUGCGGUGGCUAUUGGCGAAGAAUUUCGGGCAAAGGGCAUGCAUGCUUGUCGUGUCUGGGAGGGGUUUUCUCCUGAUCCGUACCUCACUGGCAUCGCGAUGGAUCGCUCUAUUCGAGGCCUCCAAAGCGUGGGCCCUUUUAUGGAUGCUAUCAACGCGAAGCCUGCCGCAGUCAUGUGUAGUUACAAUCGUUUCAACGAGACAUAUACUUGCGAGCUUUCCAAGCUGUUGACUGGUAUUUUGCGGGAUGAACUCGGCUUUGAGGGAUACACCAUAUCUGACUGGUAUGCCACACAUUCGACGGCGGCCUCUAUCAAUGCUGGUCUGGACAUGGAAAUGCCGGCCACAACGGUACCUGGGCAAGGUACUUCUUGGUUCGGAGACCAUGUCAAAACGGCCGUUGAAGAUGGCAGUGUCUCCACCAACCGCCUAGACCAGAUGGUCCGUCGUAUCUUGACUCAGUACUAUCUUCUGGGUCAAGAUGAUAGCGGCUUCCCGAGCCUGGAUCCUUCGAUUCUCUCCGUCAUCGCAGCCCAGUAUCAACAAAACUUGGGAGAUAUCGUCAGCCACCCCCCUACCAGAGAUGUACGUGGUGAUCACGCCAAGCUCAUCCGAAAAAUCAGGGCCGCUGGUGCUGUCUUGCUCAGAAACAACAACACGCUGCCUCUUAAGACUCCAAUGAACAUUGGAGUCUUUGGGAAUGAUGCUGCCGACUUGACGGACGGCCUGGUCUACCAAGAUCCGCCUGCAACGAACGUCGAGUUUGAGUACGGAACCUUGGAUAUUGGCGGUGGCUCCAGCAGCGUUCGCCAUACGUAUGUGAGCAGCGGUGCUCGCGUACAGUACAUUCUCAACAAUGGAAGUCUUGCUGCUGGGGACUUCCAUAGCCUUUAUCCCGUGCCCGAUGUAUGCAUUGUCUUUCUCAAGACUUUUGCCGCAGAGGGAUUUGACCGUGUCUCUUUUGAGGCCAGUUGGAACUCUACAGCAGUGGUCACGCAGGUUGCGAAUAUGUGCAACAACACCGUAGUGGUCACUCACUCUGUUGGUGUCAACACUAUGCCAUGGGCUAGCCACCCCAAUGUUCGCGCCAUUGUCGCCGCCCAUCUGCCUGGCGAACAAACCGGCAACUCCACCGCGGGCAUCCUCUGGGCGACGUCAACCCCGGACUACAAUAUCCCCGUCACGAACCUCACCAGCGAUGAGGUGACUUCUCCUGGCGUGUGGCAGGCCAACUUCACUGAGGGUCUAAACAUCGAUUAUCGUCACUUCGACGCUGAAGGAGUCGAACCUCUCUAUGAGUUUGGAUUCGCUGGCAAUGAGGCUUCCUUACCUCUGAGCGACCUCUUCAUCCCCGUGGCGAACGUAACAAUCCGAGUGACUAACACCGGUGACCGAAGCGGCGCAACCGUUAUUCAGCUCUACAUGUCACUGCCCACUAAUUCAGCUCCCUCUAGUACGCCCAUCAAGGUCCUUCGAGGUUUCUCAAAGGUUGAGCUGGGCCCAGGCGAGACCCGCCAGGUUGCUUUCGAGUUGAAGCGCCGAGACUUCAGCUACUGGGACACUGAUAUAUAGACUUGGCGCGUUCCCGCGGGACAAUUCCAGCUCGACGUGGGUUUCAGUUCAAGGAACCUUGAGAAAUCGGUCAAAUUUUCGAUGCUGUGAAGGGUACUGAAUAUCCUGUUUUGGAAAUACUAGCCUAGAUUCCAC